GCCGGCGUCUCACGUGCCCACACGGGCGCCUCCAGUUGGCAGAGGUGCCUGUUUGGGUCGAGAACGUGCGCUCGCGCCGCGCCAGCCCUCAGCGUCGGCCAAGCCCGCAGUCGUGCCAACGACCACCACGUGAGGCGACCCGAGGCGACCCGGCCGGACCGGACCCGACCUGAGCGGACCUGACCUGACCCGAUCCGGACGGGAGAGCCGGGCGGCGGCCGGCAGCGGUGCGCGGGCCGAGCGUCAGCGAGCCUCGCUCAGUCAGCCGGUCGGCCGGCGUCGCGCCGCGCGGCGCGCCGGUGUCUGCCUCGGACGGCGCGGCCGGCCGCCCGCUCCCGCCCGGCGCGUCCGCGCCAGCCCAUGGGCGCCGCGUGCUGACCUGUCGUGUGCCGUACGCCGGGAGAGCGCACUGCGCAAGCCGCCGAGUGAGCCGCGCAGACGUCAUGUCGCUGCCGGCCAACAUGCUGCAGAGCCAGGUCGGCAACUUCAACAUGAUUCGGGACGAGUUCCACCCGUUCAUCGAGGCCCUGUUGCCGCACGUCAAGGCCUUCUCCUACACCUGGUUCAAUCUGCAGGCAGCCAAGCGGAAAUACUUCAAGAAGCACGAGAAGCGCAUGAGCCUGGAGGAGGAGCGCCGGUGUAAGGAGGAGCUCCAGAGCGAGAAAGCAGAGGUGAAGCAGAAGUGGGCGUCAAGGCUCCUCGGCAAGCUCCGCAAAGACAUCACACAGGAGUGUCGCGAAGACUUCGUCCUCUCUGUAACAGGCAAGAAGCCGGCCAUGUGCGUACUCUCCAACCCCGACCAGAAGGGCAAGAUGCGCCGGAUAGACUGCCUGCGGCAAGCGGACAAGGUGUGGCGGCUGGACCUGGUCAUGGUGAUCCUCUUCAAGGCCAUCCCGCUGGAGUCGACUGACGGCGAGCGGCUCGAGAAAUCGCCCGACUGCAUGCACCCGCAGCUCUGCGUCAACCCCUACCACAUCAACAUCUCGGUCCGCGAGCUCGACCUUUAUCUGGCCAACUACGUCCACCGGCCAGACGCCGUCUCAGGCAACCCGUGCGACGCCACGGAUCUGGAGAACGACGAGCGGUUCGUCAGCAAAGGCCACCACCACCCGUCCAUGUACCUUCAGCAGUGGAACGGAGCAGACCUCAGCGGCUGCUUCCACUACGGUCACUACAACCACAACCCGUACACGGGGGUGCUGCCAAACGACACGGUCAUGACCACGGGCGUGUUCUCGUCGUCCGAGCUGUGGCGCCUCUCUCGGGGCUCGAUCGUCUCGCCGAACGGCAUCAGUCCGGCCACACUGACCACCAUCAAGGUGGAGAACUCGUCCGUCAACUACUACUGCAGCAGCUACACGCCGCCGGCGCCCGACCACCACGGCCUGCUCGUCUCCGGCGCCUACUCGGGUGGCGGCGGUGGCGGAGGCGGCGGCGGCCUGGCGAUGCCUCGCACCUCGCACAGUCCGGCGGCCGAGCCGCGCGUCAAGCGGCUGCGGCGGCUCAGCUCGGACGAGGAGCGCGACCGGCAGGCCGAGAUCGGCUACUACGGCCAGUCGCCCGUCUCGCUGGCCUCCCAGGGCUCGUGGCACGCCGACGUCGACCACAGCACGUUCGCCGCCGCCGCCCUUCCCCUCGUGCGCGCCCCCUCAUCGGAGCCCUCAGGCCAGGAGCACCGGCCGGCCGGCAGUCCGCACCACAGAGAAGCCGGCCUCUCCAACAUGAUCCUGCCGAGCGCCAGCUACUACCAGGAGUCGGAGCACAGCCCGGGCAAGUACCAGGAGAACGGGCACGACACCUUCUCCGACUUCGUCACGCUGGUGUGCCAGGAGGCGCAGAACACGCAGCCGCAGACGUGGAAGUCGUCGACCAUAACUAAAGCUAACGACAGCCGUCUGCUCUGGAAGGAGGGCAAGGCGUCGGUGCCCACCGGCACGCUGUCCGUCUCCAGCGCCGCCGGCCGCCAGCACAAGUACUACAACAGCAGCAUGCUGCCUCCGCCGCCGCCGCCGCCCAUGGCGCGGCCGGUGGCCAUCAUCCGCUCCACGGCGGACGUCACCUGCGGCAGCGAGGCCUCGCCGCCGUCGGCGCACGCCGUCUCGCCGCACGCCGUCUCGGUCGUCAUGGAGACGGACGCCGCCGGCGAGCGCAUGACGUCGCCGCCGAGCAGCUCCAGCAACGGCCAGGCCAGCCCGGAGCCGGCCGGCCGGCGCGGCAGUCCCGUUAUCACGCUGGUGCAGCACGCGGUGACCGGCCAGCUGUACACGUACACCAGUAUUCCCGGCUCGGUGAGCCCGACCAACAUGGCGCUGUACACGUCGCCGCCGCGCUCGGCCGCCAGCAGCGUCGUGCGGAUGUCGACGGGUUCGACCGGCGGCGGCGGCGGCUCGGGCACCCCCAGCGCCUCCGGCGGCGGCCGCUGGAACCAGCACUUCAUCCUCGAGGAGAAUGUCGACUACGGCAUGAUGCAGAGCCUGCUGCCGGCCACCGCCGGCUCCGACGUGCCGUCCGGCAUCAUCGAUGACGAUCGGUACUUCAGCUCGGUGGUGCACGCGGCCGACGCCCUGGAGUCGGCGGCCGGCUCGGCGGCGUCGGCGGCGGCCGGCGCGUCGCCAGCGAGCCAGCCGCCAGCGUCGCCGGCCGCCAAGUCGCAGCCCUGAGCCGGCGGCCCGGCA